AUGGCCCGCGCGCCCGCGCUCGCCCUGCUCCUGCUCGGACAGCUGCUGGCCGCCUCCGGGGCGCAGAAAGCGGGACCUCCUGGCCCCCCUGGUCCCCAAGGGCCACCUGGGAAGCCAGGCAAGGAUGGCAUUGAUGGGGAAGCUGGUCCUCCAGGUCUGCCUGGGCCCCCGGGACCAAAAGGGGCCCCAGGGAAGCCGGGGAAACCAGGAGAGGCCGGGCUGCCGGGACUGCCCGGCGUGGACGGUCUGACCGGGCGAGAUGGACCCCCUGGGCCCAAGGGCGCCCCUGGAGAACGGGGAAGUCUGGGACCUCCGGGGCCACCCGGGCUGGGGGGCAAGGGCCUCCCUGGACCCCCCGGAGAGGCAGGAGUGAGCGGCCUCCCAGGCGGGAUUGGCCUCCGAGGCCCCCCGGGACCCUCUGGACCCCCAGGCCUCCCUGGCCCCCCAGGACCUCCCGGACCCCCUGGACACCCAGGGGUCCUCCCUGAAGGCGCUACUGACCUGCAGUGCCCAAGUGUCUGCCCGCCAGGCCCCCCUGGGCCCCCGGGAAUGCCAGGGUUCAAGGGCCCCACUGGCUACAAAGGAGAGCAGGGAGAAGUCGGCAAGGACGGCGAGAAGGGUGACCCCGGCCCACCUGGGCCCGCCGGCAUCCCGGGCACCGUGGGGCUGCAGGGCCCCCGGGGGCUUCGAGGACUGCCAGGGCCGCUCGGGCCCCCCGGAGACCGGGGUCCUAUCGGGUUCCGAGGACCCCCCGGGAUCCCGGGAACUCCCGGGAAGGCAGGUGACAGAGGCGAGAGAGGCCCCGAGGGUUUCCGCGGCCCCAAGGGCGACCUCGGCAGACCUGGUCCCAAGGGAGCCCCCGGCCUGGCCGGGCCGGUCGGAGAGCCGGGCAUGCCGGGCAAGGACGGCCGGGACGGAGUGCCAGGACUGGAGGGCGAGAAGGGCGAGGCUGGCCGAAAUGGGGGUCCGGGAGAGAAGGGUCCCAACGGGCUGCCGGGGCUCCCUGGACAAGCGGGCUCCAAAGGCGAGAAGGGAGAACUGGGCAGAGCCGGGGAGCUGGGCGAGGCCGGCCGCUCGGGAGAGCCAGGCGUCCCUGGGGACGUCGGCGUGCCAGGGGAGCGCGGCGAGGCUGGCCACAGGGGCUCCUCGGGGGCCCUUGGCCCGCAAGGCCCUCCCGGGGCCCCCGGCGUCCGAGGCUUCCAGGGCCGGAAGGGCAGCAUGGGAGACCCCGGCCUUCCAGGUCCCCAGGGCCUCCGCGGCGAAGUGGGCGACAGGGGCCCUGGAGGCGCUGCAGGACCCAAGGGAGACCAGGGCAUCGCGGGUGCCGACGGUCUUCCCGGGGAUAAAGGCGAGACGGGUCCCAGCGGCCCCGUGGGAUCGAAAGGAGAGUCCGGCAGUCGAGGGGAGCUGGGCCCCAAAGGCAUCCAGGGUCCCAACGGCACCAGCGGGGUCCAGGGCGUCCCAGGCCCCCCCGGGCCCCUGGGCUUCCAGGGGGUGCAGGGCAUCCCUGGCAUCACGGGGAAACCUGGCGUGCCGGGGAAGGAAGCCAGCGAGCAGCGCGUCAGGGAGCUGUGCGGCGGCAUGAUCAGCGAGCAAAUCGCACAGUUGGCGGCACACCUGAGGAAGCCGUUAGCACCCGGGGCCAUCGGCCGGCCUGGCCCAGCUGGUCCCCCCGGCCCGCCGGGCCCCCCGGGCUCCAUUGGCCACCCUGGCGCGCGAGGACCCCCGGGAUACCGCGGCCCCACCGGGGAGCUGGGCGACCCCGGGCCCAGAGGGAGCCAGGGUGACAGAGGGGACAAGGGCGCGGCCGGCGCAGGGCUGGACGGGCCGGACGGAGACCAGGGGCUGCCAGGACCGCAAGGCGUGCCCGGCGUCAGCAAAGACGGCCAGGACGGCGCUCACGGCGAGCCCGGGCCACCCGGCGACCCGGGGCUGCCCGGCGCUGUCGGUGCUCAGGGGACUCCGGGGAUCUGUGACACCUCGGCCUGCCAAGGCGCCGUGUUGGCAGGGGGCAGGGAGAAAUCAGGUCCUAGAAGCUCAUAAAAUAGAACUUAAGGAAGAGAAGCAGCAACAACUGAAGCAACAGCAUCUGGUCUCGUCCAGGGAGCCCCGGCCUGACCCACACCCUGGGCGGUGGCCGGCGGGAUGCUCUGGCCUCAGAGCAUGGAUGGAGCUGUGGUCCAGGUGUCUGUCUCACGGCUCCUGACAGCCGGCCGCUCAUCUGUGACGUCAUACCUCAAACACAGGCCUGGUGAUAAAUUUGUAAACCCAACAUUUGAGAGGACGUAGGGUGUAUAUAAAAAAGUUUUGUACAAUUCCAUGAGAUGAAAAAUAUUCAACUUGUUUACGUAGCAUUUGUGUAAAGACAUAAUCCCAAUAAAAUGAUAUAUUAAAUCUUCAGAUUAAUGACUGGCUAUGGUGUAACAAACAAUAAAGAAUCUAAUGUACCGUAUGCCUUCUAUACAGAGGUCUAGUCUGAUUUACCUACUUUUUGUGUACAAACUUACAUCUCUGAUUAA